UAAAGGAAUCAUCUUUGCCUUGCCUUGGUCCUUGUUAAUCUUAUCCUCUUCCUUACCGAAUCUUUUUCUCAACAUGAAGCCUAAGUUGCCCUGGAAUAAAGUUGCAAGGUUUCUUUCUUCAACGCCAAGACUCUCUCUCUCUCUCUCUCUCUCUCUCUCUCUCUCUCUCUCUCUCUCUCUCUUUUCCCCCAAAGGAAUCAUCUUUUUGCAGUAUAUAAAUUGUGGGAUCUGAUCUGAAGAGUUCCCCUGAAUCCCUCUCCCAAGAAAAGAUUGGUAAUCUCAAAUCAAACAUGUCAAACGUGAGCUUUCUUGAGCUGCAAUACAAGCUCUCUAAGAACAAGAUGUUGAGGAAGCCUUCAAGGAUGUUCUCCAGGGACAGACAAUCAUCAGGCUUGUCUUCACCCGGACCAGGAGGCUUUUUUCAGCCUUCUGUUAAUGAGAUGAGACGCGUUUUCAAGAGGUUUGAUACGGACAGUGAUGGAAAAAUAUCUCAGACUGAGUACAAGGUAGUGCUGAGAGCGCAAGGACAAGAGAGGGUUAUCGAGGACGUGCCCAAGAUCUUUAAAGCCGUGGAUCUGGAUGGUGAUGGGUUUAUUGAUUUCAGAGAGUUUACUGAUGCAUAUAAGAGAAGCGGAGGGAUUAGGUCUUCCGAUAUACGCAAUGCUUUCUGGACUUUUGAUUUAAACGGGGACGGGAAGAUAAGCGCAGAGGAAGUGAUGUCAGUUCUAAGGAAGCUUGGGGAGAGAUGUAGCUUAGAGGACUGCAAGAGGAUGGUGAGAGCUGUUGAUGCAGAUGGAGAUGGACUGGUUAAUAUGGAAGAGUUCAUGAGGAUGAUGUCUUUCAACAUCCUCUGAACAGACCUCUUUCGUUCUCUCUGUUAUUGUAAUUAAAUAUCAUUCUUCAUUCAAUCCAAUUUCAAAAACAUGAAAUCUUGUUACUUUGAAUCGA